AUGUGGGGUACACUUCAAAGAGAGAAGCAGGAUGAUGAUUAUGAGAACAUGACACCACCCUACAAGGAACUUCCUCCAAAGCCAGAUUCUAUGGCUCCACCAAGACCUCCAAAGGCAGGAAAGAAAAUGAAGAAAGUCUCACAUCCAGGCAAGACCCGGAAGAGGACAGGGUUGGACGUCACCCCUGUUUCCUACACAUCUCAACUGGCAACUCCAAUGCCCAGGCCCAGCCAGAAGCCUGGGGGUCUUGGAUGCUGCUGGGAGAACAGACUACAGGUGUGUCUGUACCUGCUGGUGAUGGUUUCACUGCUCCUGGGGUGCACUGGCCUGGCUGUGACCCUGAUUAAAUACCAGGCAGUGGUGGAAGAACUGAGGACGGUAACCUUUCAGCAGACGGCAUGGCAAAAAAAUGUGAUGGGCAUGGCAGGGCUAGCUGGCCUGAAGAAGGACAUUGACCGCAUAAGAACGGAUACUAACCAGUCCCUGGUGGAACUUCAGGUCUUAGUGGACUCUCUCAAGAUGACCUGUCCCAAGGACUGGCUUCCCUUCGAGGACAAGUGUUACUACUUCUCCAAAAGCACCAAGACAUGGGAUAUAGCCCGGAAGUUCUGCCAGGAGAAUUACUCUCAUCUGGUCAUCAUCAGCAGUAAGGCUGAGCAGGUAUUUGUGGCCAAUGCUCAAGAUUCUUCGAAGGUGUACUGGUUGGGGCUGACUGACAAGAACCGAGAAGGGGAUUGGAGGUGGUUGGAUGGGACACCUGCCACACUAACCUUCUGGAAUUCAGAGGAACCCAACAACCACCAAGAAGAAGAUUGUGCCAGCAUGAACGUAGGUGGCUCCUGGAAUGACUUCUCAUGUGAUAAAACGCUGCAUUGGAUUUGUGAGCGGAAAUGUUCCUGCUGA